GCCAAGUGUCCCCCUCGCACCCCACACGCGCGCUCGCUGGGCGGGCCUGAACCUAGGUAGCGGCGCUAAAAAUGGCUCAUCUGCUCUCUGCUCUCUCUGUUUCGCAGGAGCGGCGGCAUGGAGGCUCUCACCACUCAGCUGGGGCCGGGACGCGAGGGCAGCUCCUCUCCUAACUCCAAGCAAGAGUUGCAGCCCUACUCGGGAUCCAGCGCCCUUAAACCCAACCAGGUGGGCGAGACGUCGCUGUACGGGGUGCCCAUCGUGUCGCUGGUCAUUGACGGCCAGGAGCGCCUGUGCCUAGCCCAGAUCUCCAACACCCUGCUUAAAAACUACAGCUACAAUGAGAUCCACAACCGCCGCGUGGCCCUGGGCAUCACGUGCGUGCAGUGCACGCCGGUGCAGCUGGAGAUCCUGCGUCGGGCCGGGGCCAUGCCCAUCUCCUCUCGCCGUUGCGGUAUGAUCACAAAACGAGAGGCCGAACGCCUGUGCAAGUCAUUCCUGGGCGAGCACAAGCCACCCAAACUGCCCGAGAACUUCGCCUUUGACGUGGUGCACGAGUGUGCGUGGGGCUCUCGGGGCAGCUUCAUUCCUGCCCGAUACAACAGCUCUCGCGCCAAGUGCAUCAAGUGCGGCUACUGCAGUAUGUAUUUCUCACCCAACAAGUUCAUCUUCCAUUCGCACCGCACACCCGACGCCAAGUACACUCAGCCCGACGCUGCCAACUUUAACUCGUGGCGUCGGCACCUCAAACUUAGUGACAAGUCGGCCACCGACGAACUGAGCCACGCUUGGGAGGACGUCAAGGCUAUGUUUAAUGGCGGAACCCGCAAGAGGACCUUCUCCCUGCAAGGGGGCGGCGGAGGCGGCGCUAAUAGCGGAUCUGGUGGUGCAGGGAAGGGCGGCGCUGGUGGCGGUGGCGGUCCGGGCUGCGGUUCAGAGAUGGCUCCAGGGCCACCGCCUCACAAAAGUCUGCGCUGCGGUGAAGACGAGGCGGCUGGGCCUCCCGGGCCACCUCCACCGCACCCGCAGCGCGCACUUGGCCUGGCAGCGGCAGCUAGUGGCCCUGCAGGACCUGGAGGGCCUGGGGGCAGCGCGGGGGUUCGCAGCUACCCAGUGAUUCCAGUGCCCAGCAAAGGUUUUGGCCUCUUGCAAAAGCUGCCCCCGCCUCUUUUCCCGCAUCCUUACGGUUUCCCCACAGCCUUCGGCCUAUGUCCCAAAAAGGACGACCCAGUGUUGGUCGCCGGAGAACCCAAGGGAGGCCCAGGCACCGGGAGCGGUGGGGGCGCUGGCACCGCCGCGGGUGCUGGUGGCCCAGGAGCUGGCCACUUGCCCCCAGGAGCAGGGCCGGGCCCUGGUGGCGGCGCGAUGUUCUGGGGACAUCAACCUUCCGGCGCAGCCAAGGACGCAGCGGCGGUAGCUGCGGCGGCUGCCGCCGCCACUGUGUACCCGACGUUUCCCAUGUUCUGGCCAGCAGCCGGGAGCCUCCCGGUGCCUCCUUACCCGGCCGCGCAGAGCCAAGCCAAGGCCGUAGCGGCCGCGGUGGCUGCGGCAGCGGCGGCGGCGGCGGCGGCGGCUGGCGGGGGCGGUCCGGAGUCUUUGGACGGUGCGGAGCCAGCUAAGGAGGGCAGCCUGGGUACGGAGGAGCGCUGCCCCAGCGCUCUGUCCCGUGGGCCCCUGGACGAGGAUGGUGCGGACGAGGCUCUGCCACCGUCCCUGGCUCCCCUGCCCCCUCCGCCACCGCCACCUGCACGAAAAAGCUCCUACGUGUCAGCCUUCCGACCCGUAGUCAAGGACGCGGAGAGCAUCGCUAAGCUCUACGGCAGCGCGCGCGAGGCCUAUGGCUCCGGACCUGGUCGUGGGCCAGUGCCGGGCACCGGGGCCGGAGGGGGCUACGUGAGCCCGGACUUUCUGAGCGAGGGCAGCUCCAGCUAUCAUUCUGCCUCGCCCGACGUGGACACCGCGGACGAACCGGAGGUGGACGUAGAGUCCAACCGCUUCCCCGACGAGGAGGGAGCCCAGGACGACACCGAGCCCAGCGCACCUAGCACGGGAGGUGGUCCAGACGGUGACCAGCCUGCUGGGCCCCCAUCUGUCACAUCCUCGGGCGCAGACGGGCCCACAGACUCUGUGGAUGGCGAUAGCCCUCGCCCUCGCCGCCGCCUUGGGCCACCGCCCGCUAUCAGAUCCGCAUUCGGGGACCUGGUGGCGGAUGACGUGGUGCGGAGAACUGAGCGGAGCCCACCAAGCGGCGGCUAUGAACUGCGAGAGCCUUGCGGGCCCUUGGGAGGCCCCGCGGCGGCCAAGGUGUACGCGCCUGACAGGGACGAACACGGGAAGAGUGCGGCGGCAGCGGCGGCGCUGGGGCCCGCGGCUUCGUACCUCUGCGCCCCAGAGACCCACGAGCCAGAUAAGGAAGACAAUCACUCGACGACAGCCGAGGACUUGGAAACCAGAAAAUCCUUUUCAGACCAAAGGAGUGUCUCCCAGCCAAGCCCUGCAAAUACAGAUCGAGGUGAGGAUGGACUCACUUUGGAUGUCACAGGAACUCAACUAGUGGAAAAAGACAUCGAAAACCUGGCCAGAGAAGAAUUGCAGAAAUUGCUUCUGGAGCAAAUGGAGCUUCGGAAGAAGCUAGAGCGGGAAUUCCAGAGUCUCAAAGAUAAUUUUCAGGAUCAAAUGAAGAGGGAAUUGGCUUAUCGGGAAGAAAUGGUGCAACAGCUGCAAAUUGUCAGAGAUACCUUGUGUAACGAACUAGACCAGGAGAGGAAGGCCCGCUAUGCCAUCCAGCAGAAAUUAAAAGAAGCUCACGACGCCCUGCACCACUUCUCCUGCAAGAUGCUGACACCCAGACACUGCACAGGCAACUGCUCCUUCAAGCCUCCGCUGUUGCCCUAGCGCCGGCUUGGCCGCGCCCACGCGCCCUCAAGCCAUGCUGCUCCUUUCUGUAAAUACCCGCUGCAGUGGCGGCCCCGAGCGAGGAACAAGCCAUUAGGACCCGACCGUUGUAAAUACAGCCGCCCGCCCGCCGGUCCCCAGCCGGGCUCCGCUGGGUUUCCCACUGUAAAUACUGCCUCGCCCUUCCUUUGAACUCUAGGGCAUCAGACCUCAAGGGGUAAACUGGACCCACCGGGGAAAGAAAGGGGAGAGGGGAGACCUCUUCCACGACCCUUCCCAAUCGGCCCGAGUAGGGCCUGGGACCCGGAAUGUGAAUAUAAUGUAGCGUCUUCCCUGGCUACUUCGCCGCGCGCUCCCCGUCCUGUCCACUUCUGAAACUCUUGUUCCUAACGACAACGUGGCUAUGUGCAAUGGAGAAAAACUGGACUGUGAGUCUCUUGGUUCAGUAUUAGGUUCACUUUAUUUAUACUGUAAAUUAUUUUACUUUCCCCGGGCCCUUUUCCAGUCCUUGUUUUACAUUCAUUCCUCUUUGGAUUUGCUUUGUGAUUUUUGUUGUUGUUGAUGUUGUUGUUGUUGUGUAACGUAACAGCACUUUAAAAGGGCCACAACUGACUCACGAGAUGGCGACCAUCUUGAGCCUAUAUGGGGAGAC